GCCAAAUAUCAUUGUUGCAGCGACAUAUCGCAUCGCAGUAAUGCCGGCUCCGCCUCCCAGACAGAGAAACAUCUCCAGCCCAGCGUCUUUGGAGGCUGCCUUGUCCACAAGCGGCUCUUGACCCGUUGCUCUCUGCCAAGCCCCAAUAUGACUGUUCUCACGGAGCAUUUGAUAUUUUCCAAGCUCAAAGGCGUUCGGACUGCCGAAAACGCCGAGCUCAGCCAAAUCCAUAGCCUGAAUCUCUGGGGCCAAGAGCUGACCGACGUUAGCAUUUUGGCAGAUCUUGGCUCCCUCAGGGUGGUGUCACUCGCAAUCAAUUCGAUCCAGGACAUUGUGCCGCUUUCCAAGCUCACAGCCCUGAAAGAAGUCUAUUUGAGACGGAAUCAGAUCCAAGACUAUGUACAGGUCGCCCAUCUGCGGAACAGCCGUGGGCUCGAGGUUCUCGGUCUGGCCGAGAAUCCCAUCGCGGGAGCCGUGGCCAAUGCUGGUGGCGAGAAGGAGUACCGAAUCCGGGUACUUGCCAUCAUCCCGUGGAUCAAGAAGAUCGAUGACCGCCUCGUCGAAGAGCCCGAGAAGGCAGAAGCCCACCGUAUCCGGCUGUCCGGAUGGGUCGAGGAGAUCCUCCGAUUGGCCGAGGUGCGCGAGGAGGCCUAUUGGAGUCGAGAAAACGAGCUGCGACUGGCCGAGGCCGAGGCCGGGAUUGUCCAUGGCAGCGGGGUUGCGUCGCUCAUGAACCUGAAUCCCGACCGCAGCAGGAGAAAGGAUCUAGCCGACAAGGCAAUCCAGGAUGUCAAGCAAGCAAGCGACAGGGCUUUGGACAGUAUCGCUCAUCGCCGGCCGGCUUCCAACGCCAAGGUGACGACAAAGCACAAGCGAUCAUCGAGUCUUGGGCCGCAUACGGGGGCCUUGGGACUGCAUAUCGACAAGCAGCCGGGCACCACGAGUGCCCCUUCGCCCAGGGAAAAGUACGAGGACCAUAUCAAAGGCGCUGGUAUGGGGAUCGUAAGCGAUUUGCACCACAUUCCAAGGGGCAAAGUCCCGCGGUUCCUGGAGAAGAAAGACGGCUUCAUUCGGGAAUAUGAGGACGAAGCAGUCACGCUCUAUGCACGCUCGCAGAAGGAUGGACAGCAGCAGCAGCAGCAGUCGAUCCAGCGAGCGCCCUUGCAGACCCAGGCUCCUUCACACAGUUAUGGUGCCAAACUGCACAUCGAUAUGAGUGCCAGCCGGAAGCCCACAUGGCUGACAGAAAACAUGAGCGAGACCGUCGAGCAAAUCCGAUCCGUGUCGACUCCACCAAUGCGGCGAAGCUUCACCGUCUCGGGACAAAAGCAACACAACGUUCUCUCGGCCAUCUUAACCCUUGUGCGCGACCUCGACGAUGUAUCGCUGCACAUUGUCGGAGAGGAGGUGAACAGGCUUAUUCUGGAGCACCGCUAGCAGUGUAGAUGGUCCUAGCUGGAGCAAGAUAGAUGCUGCCGUCUGUGCAUGUAGUCAUACGGCAAGUUUCGAGGUCAAUCUGCUCGUCCUGAUGGAGACAACCGAUCCUGGACCACACUGCUCAAGUAAAUCGACCAGAUGCCCCGCUGGGUGGAAGACGGUCGCUCGAGACGUAUCCUUGCCUCGGCUAUCUAUUGAAUAAAGCGA